UCGUGUCGUUACAGACGCAGUCUUAAAGCGGCGUGCGCGCGAGUGGACGGCAGUGAUGGCGCGCCUAUUGCUAUUGGUGUUCGUUGUCGCCGUGUGCUCAGGCCAAGAUGGCAUCACACCAAAACCAAAAAAAGUUCUCGAUACCAUCAUGAACCCAGCCUACAUUCCGGCCGAAGAAAAGCAUGGUUCCUACUGGAAAAAAGCAGCUAAGAGUACCAUCAAAGCUAAAAUAGCAGAAACACUGAAUACCAAUAAAGCUCAUAAUGGAAUACUGUUCGUUGGUGAUGGGAUGUCCCUGGCUACUGUCAUGGCGGCGAGGACGUUUGGUGGGCAACUGAAUAACGGGCUGGGAGAGGAAAACGUUUUGGAGUUCGAGAGAUUUCCUGUUACUGGAUUGGCUAAGACUUAUUGUCUCGACGCUCAAGUCCCGGACUCUGCUUGCACCGCCACAUCUUACCUCACUGGCGUAAAGACGAAGUACGGAGUCAUUGGGCUUGAUGGCAACGUCACGAGGGCCGCCUGCAGCCCACAGCUUCAUAAGGGCAACUGGGCUACAUCUAUUGGGGAGUGGGCAUUGGAGCAAGGGUUGGAUGUUGGUCUAGUAACUACGACGCGUAUAACCCACGCCUCCCCGGCGGGAAUGUACGCUCACACGUCGGAACGUAACUGGGAGUGCGACGCGGACGUUCCCGAUGAAUGCCUUCAGCUCGGCUGUCGGGAUAUAGCGCACCAGCUGGUUAUGAACAAUCCGGGACGGCAGUUUAAGGUAAUAAUGGGCGGAGGCCGACGCGAGCUCCAACCCAAAAUACAGAACCCAUUGGUGAACAGUACCGGUAGGCGGUUAGAUGGACUGGACCUCACGGAGUUGUGGCAUAUCGACAAGACGGAGAAGAACGUGACGCACCAAUACGUUACUGAUAGGAGCGAGCUCGUGAAGGUGUCAAACUCCGAAGAUCUACCCGAAUACCUGCUCGGACUCUUCCAAGACGACCACAUGUCCUACCACCUUGAGGCCGAGAACCAGCCCACGCUGGAGGAAAUGGUCGAGGUGGCCAUCAAAAUGCUGAGCAGGAGUCCCAGAGGAUACUUCUUGUUUGUUGAAGGUGGAAGAAUAGAUCACGCACACCACGACAGCCUCGCGCACCUCGCCCUCGACGAAACCUUGGAAUACUCCAAAGCGGUCAAGAAAGCCAAAGACCUGACCGACCCUGAAGAAACCCUGAUCGUCGUGACCUCUGACCACGCCCAUACUAUGACUGUAGCUGGCUACCCUUCUAGGGGUAAUGAUAUACUAGGGGCUGUGGAUACGGCGACUGGGGAUGAUGGGAAGCCAUAUACGACGAUUAGUUAUGCUAACGGGAUGGGGAAGUCGAUUGGGGAUGAUGGGAAGAGGGUGGAUGUAACUUUGCACCAGGCGUUUAUGGCACGUGACGUCAGCUACGCAUACCCCGGCCUUGUCCCACUCGACUCCGAAACCCACGGAGGCGAGGAUGUAGCGGUUUUCGCACGAGGGCCGUGGCAACACCUCUUCACGGCCAGCUACGAGCAAAACGUAGUCCCACACCUCAUGGCUUACGCCAUGUGUUUAUCAGAAGACCAGCAUGAGAACUGCAGGUUAAAGACAAGGUUUGGACGGUUAUACCCGUCUGGCGCGGUGGUGAAUAGACCUAGUUUGGUUAGUUUAAGUAUUUUGGCUGUGAUUGUUAGUGUUAAGUAUUUAUACUAUUUAUAGUUUAGAUUUAAGGUGUUUACGAGUAGUUCUUGUGUUUUGAGGUUAUGCUGUUGUUUGCCUUUCUAUUUAAGAAA